CGACGUCACAGCCUUGGUCCUCUCUCGCAAGGAACCGUAAGGCUGCAGUCGCGACUGGAAUGCCUCUCCUGGAUACCACAGUACAGUUUCCAUCACGCUUUGGCCUCUGGAGUGUUACAGUGGAUCCGGCACAAUGCAACCACUUUUUAUUUUCCGGGUAAAGUCUUGAGACGACAUCUGCAGAUCGUGACAAAGAUCGAUUUUCGGGCAUGAGGAGCCGAUGUAACUGCUACCGGUUGUACAGGGCGUCGGGGCUGCAGCAAAAUCCCCCUAGAUCCAAUGCCAUCCAAUCAUCUGGUUCGACACUAGGGAGGGCGUUGAACAAGAGCUGGAGCAGACCGUCACCUGUCACUCAUAAGACCGCUGGCGCCUGCUUCGAAAAUUAUUAAUGGAGAAAAACUUCAGACCUUGAGGAUUCAACACAUGAUAAGAGCAAUCCUUCGGAUUUUGACACCAGAAAAUAGAUCCAUACCUUCAUAUUCGGCUGUCACGAGACAUCAUGCAUCUUCAAACACUUCACGAACUAGACCAGACAGAGGGCACAGUACAGCUGCGAAAACCUCCUAGUUUGACGACCAAACCUGACGAAUCCACCCUAUUGCUCAUACCUCAUCCAUCCGAAACAGACCCAAAUGACCCUUUACUGUGGCCACUAUGGAAGAAGCACGUCUGCUUCUUUGCCUCAUGUUUAUUCACGUUCAUGACUAACUAUUCGAUCGGAGGUUUGGCGCCUGCUUUUGCAGUGCUCAGCAAGGAAUUCGACAAGUCAGAAGACGAGACAAGCGAUCUGCUACUGUGGCCCGUCCUCGUGCUCGGGCUCAUGAACUUCUUCUGGGUACCGCUCGCGAACUACUUUGGCAAGCGCCCCGUCUUCGUCUUCUCCUCCCUGCUGCUGUUCCUAACGUGCAUAUGGGGUGCCGUUGCGAAAAGCUUCAAGAGCCUGCUCUGGUGCAACAUUGUCGCCGCUUUUGCUGGAGCAACGACAGAAACUCUUGUCGCAGGAAUGGUAAACGACAUCUAUUUCCUGCACGAACGCGGCUCGAAAAUGGGAAUCUACAUGGCCAGCAUAUCCGGAGGCAACACGAUCGGGCCACUUAUUUGCGGUUUCGUCACAGCUACGAUCGGAUGGCGAUGGCACAAAGGCAUUGCUGCGAUAGUUACGGGCAUCAACUUCCUCCUCGUCCUGUUCUUUGUCCCCGAGACGACCUUUGCUCGCGAGGAGCCCAACUCCUCCGGUGCCAGCAAAGACAUCACUCCCGGGUCUUCCGUCUCGGGCAGUCCUGCAGCAACUGAAGAGAUAACCGCGCACGUCACCGCGCAGCCAAAGGCCUCCUCACCCACACGAUUCAACACCGCCACGCGCUUCUCGGUCCCCAAGAAGACAUACCUGCAGCAACUCACCCUUCUCCCCAACAUCCAACGCUCGACCGACCUCCUCAAAAUGUUCCUUCGCCCCUUCCUGCUAAUCCUCUACCCUGCCGUGACGUACUCCUUCCUGGCCUACGCUGUCGUCCUCGCCUGGACGGUCGCAGUCAACAUGCUGGCGCCCUUCAUCCUCUCCGCGCCACCCUACUCCUUCUCGCCCGCGCUGCUCGGCUUGCUCAACAUCGCCGGCCUGCUGGGCAACCUGUUCGGCUCGCUGACGGGCGGCUGGCUCGUCGACCGGUACAGCGACUGGCGCGCGCGCCGGGCCCGCGGCGUGUUCAGGCCCGAGACAAGGCUGCCGCUGCUCGUCGUGCCCUGCGUGUGCGUGCCUGCUGGCUGCGUGCUGUUCGGAUACGCAGCCGAGCGCGGCUGGCAUUGGGCCCUCCUGUUCGUCGCGUACGGCUUGGUGGCCGUGGGGCUGACUGCCGUGCCCAUCAUGACGUUCGUCUAUGUCAGCGACAGUUAUUUCCCUGUCAGCCCCGACGCGCUGCUUCUUAUCAACGGGCUGAAGAACAUCGUCGCGUUCGGGUUUCUGUAUGCUAUCGUGCCGUGGGUCGGCCGGGUGGGGUAUACAGCCUGCUUCGGCACGCAGGCGGGCAUCUACGUCGCCGUGGUCGUGGUGCUGGGAGUCCCGCUGUACGUCUUUGGCGAGAAGAUCAGGCACCGCACGGCACGAUGGCGCAUCAUUCUUUCGUAGCAUAGAGGGCAAAGGUUCCGCAUACAUCCAGUCCACUAUCUGCGCCGUCGAAACCGCCCCAUAUGGUAUAUGUAUAGACCUAGAAGAAGAUGAGAUCUCAUUUCAUUAAGUCCGUUAACCCCGAAU